AUGGCAGGCAUGUCCGACGCCGUUCUGGCGACCGAAGAUCUAGCGCUGCGCUUUGAUAUCCCCAUCCUUGAGGAUCUCAGAGGUCUCUUCAGGGACAAGUAUGUGGUGUAUGAGCACGCAUUCCGGAACGUGUGGCCAAAUGCCACCGAUCGCCUCAUCACGGCGAUCAAGCCUGUUUCGACCACUCUAUAUGCCAACAGGACUUGGGAUGCACUCUUGAAGGCGAACUCGUCCGUCACGGACUCUUCCAACAAUGGCACAUACAGAGUGGAUCUGUCUCGACUCAUCGGUGGCGGUUCGCAGACGUUCAAAGUAUCUGCAUCAGCAUCACCGCCUGGGUACCACAAGGUGAACGCGAUAUUCCGUGACUAUAUCGUCAGCACAGCAGCUCCAUGCGUCUGGCUGGAUAGCAAUCGACCGCGGGAGGCGGCACUACUUGACAGUCUUCUACGUCGUUUCCAGCCCAACACAGCUAACCUCGGCUGGUUUCCUAAUGGGGACGAAAUGGCCGGUGUCACGCAGCUGGCAAGAAACGGCGCAUACGUCGCUGCUACGGACUUCUACUCCAACCCGACCAUAUUCAGUGGGUUCAGACCUGGGGACCAGCACCGACAGCCUCCGAAACCCGAGUCAUCACCGCGCCCUCCCCCAAAGAACAGCACCAAAAUCUUCCUGUCUCUCGUCUAUCUCGAAGGCGACAACGUCCAAUACAACCAGCGGCGCAUGUUCACACAUUGGAACGACGCCGCGAGGGGAGAUGUCCCGCUCGGCUGGACCAUCAGCGCACUCCGAGUCCUACGCGACAUCGGGCCCGGCAUCCUUUCGUACUAG